UUUAACGAAGGGAUUUUUAUUUUGUUGGAAUUAAAAUUCAGUGAUAGAUAACAUGUAUUAGUUUUGAGAUAACUUAGAGACAGAAAAGUAAUUUAACCAAAAAUUUAGGUUCAGACUUGACCUCCAAGCCAUAACUCAGUCCUCGCCGAGCAUCUCCUCGUUACGCUUUGAACCCACUCUGCCUCUGUGAAUGAACUGCGAGGGGCUCUUAUGUGCCACUUUUCCAAUAGGGUUUACGUUUCUAAUGGCAAAGCUCGCCAUUUUUGGCUUCUGAUAUCCUGUAAGUUUACAUUGUUCAAACCCCUUCUUUCUAUUUCCAAUCAAUGUUUCGUUUCUUUUCCAAAUUACUCUUAAAUCAUACCAUCAUACGCUCCAAAGCGUGUUAUCAUCGUUAUAUUUCAUCUCUAAAUUCAGUCUCACGCUCAAAUGACCAACAGCAUUUAACACUCAAUUACCUCACCAACUCAUGUGGGAUGUCUCUAGGAAUGGCCACUUCAGCCUGCAAGUUUGUUCGUAUUAAGAGCACAGAUAAAGCGGAUUUGGUUCUUCAACUGUUAAGAGCUAAAGGUUUUACUCAAUCUCAAAUUGCUUGCUUAAUUUCAAGGCGACCGCAACUUAUUCUAUUAGAUCCCGAUAAAAUCCUUAGACCCAAGAUUGAAUACUUUGAGUCACUCGGUUUUUUAGCUCCCUGGCUGCCCAGGGCGCUAUGUGCAGACCCAAGGAUUCUAGCAGCUAGUUUAAAGAAUCGAAUUUUGCCAAAUGCUUAUUUCCUUAGAGGGUUUCUUGAGACCGAGGAGAAUUUUUUAUUGUCCUUGAAGCGAUGCUUUAGUGUACUUUGGUUGGAUACUGAAUUGAUGAUGUCUAAGAUAUGCACCUUGUGUGCUUUUGGUGUGCCAGUACCCAGUAUUAGGAGGCUAGUAGUAUUGCAUCCUAAAUUUCUAUUUCUUGGAUUUGAUUCUUAUGAAGAAAAGGUUGGAGAACUCAAGGAAAUAGGGAUUGAACCAAUGAGCAAGACCUUUAUAUAUGCUUUCAGUUCAAUGUCCUCUAUGGGCCACUCAAAAUGGGAAAGGAAAAAGAAGGUGUUGAUGAGCUUUGGCUGGUCAGAAAGAGAUAUUCUUAGGGCAUUCAGAGCACAACCAUUAUUCAUGACUGCCUCUGAGAAGAAGAUGAAGCAACUAAUGGAGUUCUAUCUGACAAAAGCUUGUUUGCAGCUUUCAGAUCUUGUUAGAUCCCCAUUUCUAUUUAUGAUCAGUUUGGAGAGAAUUGUCAUACCAAGAUGCACUGUUUUGGAAGUGCUAUUGUUAAAGGGCUUGAUUAAAAAGGAUGUAAAUGUCGUUUCGGCAUUAACGGUGUCUAAAAAACGGUUCGAAAAAAAGUUUUUUGCUUAUUUCUAGGAGGAUUACCCUGAGUUGAUCCAGGCGUACCAGGCUAAGAUAUUUCGAGGAUUUGGUAACAAAAUGUGAUAGGGGAUUUGGCGAAGGAAGCUUUGCACACAAGAAAUGCAGAAGCAACUGCUACUGUAGGUUAGCAAUAUAGCAGUUAGGCAGUGGUUAGAACCGUAACGUCAGUUACUACGUCGACUACUUUCUGAGAUCAAAUUGAUUCACCAUGUUAACUUCUUAAGCUUGUUCUAACCCCUAGCAAAGUUUCAUAUCAUGGGAGAAAAAUUUUGGAGCACAUUAAUUGCUGAUCCGUGGAUCAGAGAUACGACUACAUAAUUUGAGUUUUGUAAUUCUGCAAAUAUUAGACGCCUUAUUUUUGUCAUUGAGCCAAUGAUGUUGUUUACAGAAAUCUCCUCUCUCUUUCCUUUGACAUGUCUCUGUGAACUGAUAUGGUCAUUUUUUGGGUGUGGGAAACAGGAAAUGAGUUGCUAUUGUACAAUAUGAUGCUGGAUUUUCUGUGAACAGGGAAUAAGAAGCUUAGUUGCGGAGAA